UUCCUUGGUUCAGAUCUCAAUUUACUACUGACUUAGAGCCUCUCUUCCGCCUGAUUCAGAGCAUCUGAGGACACAGAAUCCCAGUGCACUGUCUCUGAGAUGCCCCACCAUGUCCCCCACGGUGCAGAGAAUUUUCCCUGCACUGUUCUUCCUCGGGCUCCCGUUUCUACUGCAAUGCCCAUCUAUUCUAUGUGAGCCGUGUUGCCCAAUACCAGAGCUGGAGAAUGGUGAAAUCAUUUCACAACACACUAGCUCUGUGAAUAGCUGUGCUUAUUUCUAUAGAGAUGUAGUUUAUUAUAAGUGUUAUAAGAAACAUCGGUUUGAAGCUAGAUGCCAAGAAGAUGGCACACGGUACCCCAAAACACCAGCAUGUGAUGAGAACUGUGAUUUCCCUCCUGAGGUUGCCCACGGAUAUUACGAAAAAAUGAGAGGACUGCAGGCAUUAAUCAAAACUGAAGUGGUAUAUAGAUGUGACAAAGGAUACACUCUGGUUGGAGAGGCCAAACUCUCCUGCAGUUCUUCACACUGGACCCCUGAAGCCCCUCAGUGUAAAGCUCUGUGUCCAAAACCAGAAAUAGCCCAUGCAAAGCUGUCUGUGGAUAAGUAUCAAUAUCUUCAAUCUUCAAAUGUCAUCAUCCAGUGUGACUCUGGCUAUGAAUUGGUUGGUCCCCAAAGUGUCACAUGCUCAGAGAGCAGAACGUGGUACCCUGAGUUGCCCAAGUGCGAGUGGGUGAUCCCCGAAGACUGUGAACGUGUCCACAAAGGCAGAAAGAUCAUGCAGUGUCUCCUCAACCCAGGGGAUGUGAAAAUGGCUAUGGAGCUGUAUAAGUUGUCUUUGGAGAUUGAACUACUGGAACUACAGAGAGACAAGGGAAAGAAACAUACUAUGGAGACAACACUAUAAUUUCCCCCAAAAGAGGGAGAAAAAUGUACCUCCUUCAAUACAAUACAGAUCCCUUCAGGUUACCAGCUCUACUAUCCCCUUUGCACCAUCAUUUAUGGUAGUAAAUAUCUAGAAAGGAUAAUUUGUUCACAUUUAGUGCUUUGUGACUGUAGAAUUAUUGAUGAUCUUGUAGCUGAUGGUUUUCCUUUUCUGGACACAGAGUGCACACUUUGUUUCAAGUAAAAAAAUUAUGUGUCAGAAA